CCAACCCCAUCGUCCAGCUCACAAUUUGCCAUCCACGUAUAUAUAUAUAUACACACACUGAGCUAGAUCUCGUGAUCCAUAUUUCACCUGCAGUCGUCGCAAUGGCCGUCGGAUAUUCUUGUUUUGCUCUUGCCGCAGUGCUGCUUCUGUUGCUGUUCUCGGCCUUCGAGGCGGCGACCGUCGCGCCGGCGCCGGAGGCGCCCGGGAAGCUCAACCUCACGGGGAUCUUGGAGAAGGGCGGGCAGUACGAGAACUUCAUCAGGCUGCUGAAGGCGACGCAGGUCGGGGAGCAGAUCGAGAGCCAGCUGAAUAACUCCUUCAACGGCCUGACCAUCUUCGCGCCCACCGACAACGCCUUCGACAACCUCAAGGCCGGCACCCUCAACGGCCUCAGCAGCCAGGAGCAGGUCUCGCUGGUUCUGUACCACGUUCUCCCGCGCUUCUACAGCCCCACCACCUUCCAGACCACCAGCAACCCCGUCAGCACGCAGGCCUCCGGCGGGGACGGCGUGUACACGGUCAACAUCACGGCCAGCAGCAGCAGCAGCCAGCUCAACGUGUCCACGGGGGUCAACCAGGCGCCGGUCAGCAACCACCUCUACCUCGACUUCCCCCUCGCCGUCUACUCCGUCGACUCCGUACUGCUGCCGUACCAGCUCUUCGGGCCGAAGCCCCCGGCCGCCGCGCCCUCGCCGCUGGUCAAGCCCAAGAAGGCCACUCCGCGCGCCGCCGACAGCACAGCCGACGCGCCUGCGACGACAGCCAGCGCCGACCAGUCGACGUCCGCGGCGGCGCCUCGAGUUAUCAGUAAGGCGGCGGCGGCGGCUGCUCUGCUUGCGGUGCUGACGGUGACCAUUGCCAAUCCCCUGUAGUAAACUAAACCGCGAUCGGUGGCUUGCACUUCCGUUUAAUUUAUUGUAUCAUUGUGGAUUAUUUCAUCUCGAUUUCUGCGUGCAUUUGUACUUCUUCGCCUCUUCCCAUAAAUCGAUGAGCAGAUGAUCUUGUUUA